AUGCUUGCUAAGGGUUUAGCUAUUUUGGCAGUUGUUGCUGCUUUCUUUGCAUUAAGUAUUCAUCAAAUACCAGAAGGACAUGUUGGUGGCGCUCUUCUUACAUUAAUAACUGCACCUGGUUAUCAUGUUAUGUUUCCAUUUUUAACAUCAGUAAAAAUUGUUCAAAUAACAUUACACAAAGAUGAAGUAAAAAAUAUUCCUUGUGGUACAAGUGGUGGAACAAUGAUUCAUUUUGAAAAAAUUGAAGUUGUUAAUAUUCUUAGUCGAGAAGCAGUUAUUGACAUUGUACGAAAUUAUACAGUUAAUUAUGAUCGUACAUUAAUAUUCGAUAAAAUCCAUCAUGAAGUUAAUCAAUUUUGUUCGGUACAUACACUUCGAGAAAUUUAUAUUGAUUUAUUUGCAACUAUAGAUGAUCAUAUACAACGAACAUUACAGAAUGAUUUAAAUAUAUUAGCACCUGGUCUUCAUGUUAGUUCAAUUCGAGUAACAAAACCAAAAAUUCCUGAUGCUAUUGCUCGUAAUUACGAAAAAAUGGAAGAAGAAAAAACUCAAUAUAUGAUAACAACUGCUCAUCAAAGAGUUGUUGAAAAAGAAGGUGAAACUGAUCGUCGUCGUGCUGUGAUUGAAGCUGAAAAAUUAGCUGCAGUAUCUAAAAUUCAAUAUGAACAAAAAAUUCUAGGCAAACAAAGUGAAAAACGUAUUGCUGAAAUUGAAGCUGAAAUGCAUCUUGCUAAAGAACGUUCUCUAGCCGAUGCAAAUAAAUAUCAAAGUGAUACAGAAGCUCAAUCAAAUAAAGCUAAAUUUACACCACAAUUUUUACAAUGGUCAAUGUAUCAAGCAUUAUCUCAGAAUACAACAAUCUAUUUUGGAAAUUCAAUUCCAAAUGUAUUUAUGAAUUCUGGUGAUAUAUCUACUAUGAAAAAAUUUACUUCUCCACAUCCACGAUGA